CAUCACUUUCUGGCUGAGCAGACCACUACCAGUAGACUUUUGCAAUUGGUGAUAAGGGGUCACAAGUAGACACUGCUUUUCGGGGUCAUAAGCCAAGGCGGUGGGAUGCCGCUGAUUUAGACUGUCAGAGGGUGUCACAUUAUACCUCGCUGGUCACACUGAAUAUACAGCGGGUUGCUGUUAUGUUGUACUACAACAUAUGGCAGAGGUGCAGCACCGUGCUAUUGCAAUUGAAGGGCAGUUUGCACAUGACUGUUCUGCAUUGUAUUAUUUCUAUUUCUGUGCGCACCCUCUCUUAAUCAAUUUUAAUCAAGGUCUGUUGAAUUUAUAUGGAGUGGAGCAAUAACUGAUGCCUGGGGAAAUGAUUGGUUAACGUUACCGAUAUAUUGGUAAUGCCAUAGCUAAACCAUUGUAGCUCAGUCUCACGCAGGUAGAUCCACAAGAGCAAGUUAGCUUCAAUAUACAUUCACGAUGACAGCGUGAUCCACACACUCUUCUGGACGCUGUUAGGUCUAAUAAUAAAACCUAUAGACCAUUUUGCGACUCACUCUCUAUGUUUAUCUCCAAAACGACCCGCCGCCCAUGGUAGACUGCAGAGGAUCCGGGACUCAAGAGCAACCGGCGGGACCAGAGCUCAGUGUGGGCCUGCUGGAGCUGAGUCCGUCCCGAAACGGCAUUUGACACCAAACAAGAAGCUCCCUCUGGAUUCUGCAGCCCCUGCGUGUCCCCCACUACUGGUUGCUCAGCUGCUGCUCGAAGAUUAACUGCCACUCUGGUUGAGGAAGCAGGAAGCCACAGAGAAACUCAGUCAGAUCCUGAGUGUGGAGGACGGACUGCUGCUGCAUGCAUGCUGGGACACGCUAUGAACUACAGUCUAUGGCUCCCGUCUCUACACCUGCUGGCCCGAGGGGAGUAGAUUGACAGAUCAGAGAGCAAACAGGUAGACUAUAUAAGAACAGCACACUCUAGUUUGGGAGGCUGACUGGAGAACUCAGAAGAAAUUGUUGACUGUGUCAAAGAGUGUUCAUUUUCCCUUUGCCGGUUUCCUCAAACGACACACCUCAAUGUGUAAGGGCCUCUCCUCCCUGCCCUCCUCAUGCCUGGAAAAGGCAAAGGAGAUGCGGGUGAAGUUAGGCCAUCUGGCUGAGACGCAUCACAAGCACAAGUUCUCGGAUGGAAAAGCUCUUCACGACCUGGAAACUCUGCUAAACAACAAAAGUGGUCUGCAGGCGUUUCGCAGGUUCCUGCGUUCAGAGUUCAGUGAGGAGAACCUCGGGUUCUGGCUGGCCUGUGAGGACUACAGGGUUUCUCCCUCCAAGACCAAGGCCGGCAUCAUCUACAGUCAGUUUAUCAACCCUGACGCCCCGCAGGAGGUAAACCUGGAUGCUGAAACCCGGGAGGCUCUGUUGAGCGUGAUGGACUCUCUGUGUGCCGACACAUUCACCAUGGCACAGCAGAGGAUCUACAGUUUGAUGGCCAAAGACUCCUUCCCCAGGUUCCUGCGCUCCGCUCACUGCAUGGAGGCCAUUAAGGCUUUCUGAACACACACAGUUUACUACCAAAGACCUGCUUUAGAAAUAAGUGCUGAUGAAUCCGCAUUGCUUGACAUGUUGAUUGUAUUUCACUAGUUAUUUUAACAACUAGCUAGAUUUGUGAUUGUUUUCCAUUUGGUAGUGCUGUCCUUGUGCACUGUAAGCAUAAUGCAUGUUGUUUUUGUUUGACACAGUUGUAGAAAUGUAGAUGAAACUAGUAUUACCUCUGAACUGUGUUACAUCCACAAAGGAUUUAAAUAAAUACCUCAUAA